AAGAGCCCUCGGCCUGUCAGUCAUCCAGCCCGGCCUAAAUUGGCCCCGCCCUGCGCCGGCUGUGGGGUUUAUAAUGGGAACCCUGCCUCCCAAUGGCUCAGGCUGAAGCAUUUAACCUGUUGCGAUUGGAGGGGCAGAGCGUCCUCGCUCUCGUCUGCGCGCAGAGUGUAUGGCAGGGGGAUAAAGCGCCGACACUCGGCUUUCUUCGGAUCGUAGCUUAAAAAAAAAGAAGAGGCAGAAGCAAGUCGAAGCCCCUUAGAAUUAACUCCUCGAUCCGCUGUCGUGCAGUGGAUUGUCUUGAGGCUGAGCUGUCCCUUCCUGCUUCCCGAGAGACCAUGCCUGCCAGAUUUGGGGGCUUGGUGACUGCCCGUUUGCUUUCGCUACUGCUGCUCCCCCAGGUCCAUCUCCACAGAACUACGGGGCCCCGGUUUUUAAUAAGUGACCACGACCAAGAUCCUCAGUGUAACCUUCAGUGCUCCAGAUCUGCUGUCAAGCCUCUCUGCGCUUCCGAUGGCAGGACCUAUGAAUCAAUGUGUGAUUAUCAGAGAGCGAAGUGCAAGGAUUCCAGUCUGAAUGUGGCACAUCGAGGCAGAUGUAAAGAUGCUGGUCAGAGCAAAUGCAGAUUAGAAAGAGCCCAAGCACUGGAUCAAGUGAAGAAGCCACAAGAAGCAGUCUUCAUUCCAGAAUGUCAUGAGGAUGGAUCAUUUACCCAAGUCCAGUGCCACACCUACACUGGAUAUUGCUGGUGUGUCACUCCAGAUGGCAAGCCUAUCAGUGGUUCUUCUGUGCAGAACAAAACUCCUGUAUGCUCAGGCUCAGUAACUGACCGGCCAUUAGGACAGGGUAAUUCUGGAAGAAAAGAUGAUGGUUCAAAACCAACACCCACCAUGGAAACACAACCAGUUUUGGAUGGAGAAGAAAUUACAGCCCCUACACUUUGGAUUAAACACUUGGUCAUCAAAGAUUCCAAACUGAACAGCUCUAGUAUGAAAAAUUCAGAGAAAAUUAAUUCAUGUGACCAAGAAAGGCAGAGUGCACUUGAGGAAGCCAAGCAGAAUCCGCGUGAAGGAAUUGUUAUCCCUGAAUGUGCCCCUGGAGGACUGUACAAACCGGUGCAGUGUCAUCAGUCCACUGGCUAUUGCUGGUGUGUUCUGGUAGACACAGGUCGCCCCCUACCUGGCACUUCCACCCGAUAUGAGACCCCUGUAUGUGAAAGUGGUGCUCGAUCCAGAAGUCCAGAUAUUGACGAUCCUUUCAAAGACCGAGAACUUCCAGGUUGCCCAGAAGGGAAAAAAGUAGAAUUUAUUACCAGUUUACUGGAUGCUCUCACCACAGAUAUGGUACAGGCUAUUAACUCAGCAGCACCUGCUGGAGGUGGAAGGUUCUCUGAGCCUGAUCCCAGCCAUACCCUGGAAGAGCGGGUGGUACAUUGGUACUUCAGUCAGCUGGAUAGCAAUAACAGCAGCGACAUCAACAAAAGGGAGAUGAAACCCUUCAAGCGCUACCUGAAGAAGAAAGCCAAGCCCAAGAAAUGUUCACGACGCUUCACUGACUACUGUGAUCUCAACAAAGACAAGUCCAUCUCACUACAGGAAUUGAAAGGCUGUUUGGGGGUCAGGAAGGAAGAAGGCGGCAUUGGCAGCUUCCCUCAUGGAAAAAGGCAAGGAGUUAAUCCUUUCAUAGGACGUCUUGUUUAAGAGGAUAUGCCAUGGAUGGAUGAAUGGAAGGAUAGGAUGCAUGGCCAUCUGAAAACAUGUGGGACUGGCAAGACCCAGUAUAGCAGAAGUGGCAGUCACAACAUUUGCACUUUGUUUAAAAAAAAAAAAGAAGAAGAGAAAAAUUGUCUACAUAUAAUACAGGGUUGGUUUUUUUUUUAGUAAUCUGAAGAAAAGAAGAACAACCAUUGAAAUUUGGAAAGAAAACUGAACAUCUACUUGUGAUUUAAAUCUUGAGGAUUGCUUGGACUUGAAAAAAUGUUUAAUAUACUGUAUAUAAAAUGUAAAUUACACAGUGAUUUUCUGUUGGUUACAGGAUGACUAUUAGAUUUCUGCCCAGUUUUUUUUUCUUUUUUAAGUAAGCCAAAAAUGGUUGCACAUAGACAUUCUUUAGAACCUCAUAUCUGUGUAUUUGGGUGUCAUAUUUGUCACUUAUUUCUUCACCAGGCAUUUAUAGUGUUUUCUAAUGAGCCCUGGUGGCACAGUGGUUAGAGUGCAGUACUGCAGGCUAUUUCUUCUGACUGUCAGCUGCCAGCAGUUCAACAGUUCAAUUCUCACCGGCUCAAGGUUGACUCAGCCUUCCAUCCUUCCAA